AUGAACUUGAAGGGACCAAAGCCCAUGAGUGGGAGACAAAGAGCUGGGAUGACUGGUGGUAUUCUAGGGCUUGCGUUGAGUGCUUACAUCCUAGGGUCCAACUAUGAGAUUGUCAAAUUCACACCCCCAGAAACAAAUCCUGAUGGUUCAGUGAAGGCUAAAAAGUUCAAUAUCAGAUUUGCUGAGAUGCAACCGUUAAAAUUGAAACCAGAAGUCGCUGCUAAACAGGAACAGGUGCUGAAAGAGAAGGAGGAAAGGGAUAAAUUGAUGAAGGAUAUCCAAGAAAGAGAACAAAUCGUUCAAGAACCAACAUCAUGA